AUGGCCUCCACCUGGCUCCACUUCCUGUGUCUUCUCACACUUUAUUUGGCGGGCAGCCAUGGCCAAGAGGGGAAGUUCAGCGGUCCCCUGAAGCCCAUGACUUUCUCUAUUUUUGAAGGCCAAGAAUCAAACCAAAUCAUCUUCCAGUUUAAGGCCAACAGUCCAGCUGCGAAGUUUGAGCUAACUGGGGAGACAGAUGGUAUCUUUAUGAUAGAAGAUGGACUUCUGUAUUGCACCAAAGCCCUGGACAGAGAAACCAGGGCUGUUCAUCACCUCCAGCUUGCAGCCCUGGAUUCUCAAGGAAAAAUAGUGGAGGGCCCAGUUCCCAUCACCAUAGAAGUCAAGGACAUCAACGACAACCGACCUACAUUUCUCCAGUCAAAAUAUGAAGGCUCGGUGAGGCAGAACUCUCGUCCAGGAAAGCCUUUCAUGUAUGUCAACGCCACAGACCUGGAUGAUCCAAACACUCUCAAUGGCCAGCUUUUUUAUCAAAUUGUCAUUCAGCUUCCCUUGGUCAACAAUGUCAUGUACUUUCAGAUCAACAACAAAACUGGAGCAAUAUCGCUCACCCAAGAAGGAUCCCAGGAACUGGAUCCAGCUAAGAACUCUUUCUACAACCUGGUGGUCUCCGUGAAGGACAUGGGGGGCCAAGAUGAGAAUUCCUUCAGUCACACCACAUCUGUGGACAUCACUGUGAGGGAGAACAUCUGGAAAGCACCGGAACAGGUGGAGAUUACCGAAAACUCAACGGAGCCACACCCCAUCAAAAUCACCCAGGUGCAGUGGAAUGAUCCGGGGGCUUAUUAUUCCUUAGUCAACAAGGAGAAGCUGCCGCACUUCCCAUUCUCCAUUGACCAGGAAGGAAAUAUUUAUGUGACUCAGCCCUUGGACCGAGAGGAAAAGGAAUCACACCUUUUCUAUGCAACUGCCAAGGACGAGAGUGGAAAACUACUUGCAUACCCUGUGGAAGUUCAUGUGAAAGUUGUUGACAUUAAUGACAACCCACCAAUAUGUCCGGCUAUGACUGUGUUUGAAGUCCAGGAGAACGAAAUAGUGGGUAGCAGCAUCGGGUACCUGAGCGCCAGCGACAUGGAUGAAGCCAACACUGUCAACAGUAUUUUAAAGUACAAGCUUAUAGACCAAACCCCCAAAGUUCCCUCAGAUGAACUCUUUCUCAUUGAAGAAUAUGAGGGAAAGGUCCAGCUAGGGAAACGCUCCUUGAAGAAGCAAGACAACCCUCAGUACAACUUGACAGUAGAGGUGGCCGACAAAGAUUUCCAGACCCUCUGUUUUGUGCAAGUCCACGUUAUCGAUAUCAAUGAUCAGAUUCCCAUCUUCAAAGUAUCAGACUAUGGAAACAUGACUCUCCCUGAAGACACGGCCAUUGGAUCCACCAUCCUGGUCAUCGAAGCCACGGAUGAGGAUGAACCCUUCACCGGGAGCUCUAAAAUCCUCUACAAGAUUGUAGAGGGAGACCCCGAGGGGAGAUUGGAAGUCGUCACUGACCCCCAGACCAAUGCCGGAUACGUCACCAUUAAACAGGCUCUCGAUUUUGAAGCCCAACCGGUUGCCAACAUUGUGUUCAAAGCGGAAAACCCCGAGCCCCUGGUGUCUGGGGUAUCUUACAAUGCCAGCUCCUAUGCCUCGUUCAGGCUGACUGUGACGGAUGUGAACGAAGCGCCUGUGUUUUCCCAACGUAUAUUCCAAGCAAAAGUCAGUGAGGAUGCUGCUGUAGGCACCAGACUGGGCAAUGUCACUGCCAGGGACCCCGAAGGCCUGGCUAUGAGAUACUCCCUGAGCGGCGACAGGAGAGGCUGGCUUAAAAUCGACUCCGUCACCGGGGAGAUAUUUAGUGCCGCCCCACUGGACAGGGAAACAGAAAGUCUGUAUCGGGUACGCGUGGUGGCCACUGAAAUAGGCGGGUCCGCUUUGCGCUCCGAGGCAGAGUUCCACCUGGCCCUCACAGAUGUGAAUGACAACCCCCCACGCCUCGCUAAGGAGUACACCGGCUUGUUCUUCUGCCACCCCCUCAGUGCUGCAGAGAGUCUCAUCUUUGAGGUCACAGACGACGACCAGCAGUCACUUUGGAGGUCCCAGUUCACAUUCGCUCUUGGCAGAGAAAGCUUACAAAAUGACUGGCAAGUUUCCAAAAUCAAUGGUACUCAUGCUAGACUCUCCACCAAGCACACACGCUUCGAGGAAGGUGUUUAUGAGAUCCCGAUUGUCCUGAGCGAUGAGGGGAAGCCACCCAUGCAAGGCACCGUCUCCUUGUCAGUUACUUUCUGCCAGUGUGUGGAAGGAAGCUGUUUCCGGCAAGCAGGCAGCCACGAUGGGAUACCCACGGUGGGCAUGGCAGUCGGUAUACUUCUGACCACCCUCCUGGUCAUUGCUGGGAUUUUAGCAGUGGUGUUCUACCGCAUGAAGAAAGACGAAGGAAAGGGGAAUGUUGAAAACCCUCAGUCCCCUGAAGCCAAACCUCUGAGAAGCUGAAUCGGAAAAGAAACGGUCAAGUUUAUGCACCAAGUGCUACAUCAGUGCCUCAGCUGUUUAAUUUUGUCCAAAAUGUGAAGUAUAAUUGUAGAGUUUAUGCGUCGUGUGCUAUAUCAGGGCCCCAGCUGUUUAAUCUCACAGCGUCAUCCAGAAUGGGAGCUAUAAUUUCUUUGAUAGCACGCCACUCUUGUCCUGUAAUAUUUUAUACUGCUGAGAUAUUUUAUGUGCUGUAGACACGAGAGUUAUUUUCCAUUUUUCCCAUGACAUUUUCCUCUUCCACAAAACCCUUAGCCACAAAACCUAAACUUUGUGCUCUGAGACAGAUGAGCUGAUUGCACUUCCUGUCCGCUGGUGCUUCAGAGACCCGCCACUUAGCCACCUCCAAGCUUCCCAGACUCCGUUUCUUCCUGUUCUCUUCCACCCUGUGUCUCUUCAUAUUUUGGUGUUACACCGAAUUUAGAAUAUGUCACACAAAAGAACAAAGUGAAGUCUCGGGGAAAAGAAAAGCGGGCAGCUUCUCUGAGUUUAGCCAUCUUGGAUGGAGAUCCUCCAGCUUGACCACAGUGCAGACCAUGGGGAGGUAUCAAGGCAGUUGCUCCGUUUCCAGAGUGAUUGGCUUCAUGAACCUGGGCACAGGACUGAAGAGCUGUCUGGGUUUCCUCGCUA